AUGUCGACAAACAAUUGUAAAAGCUUGAAACGUCCAAGCGGUGCCAAAAGAAGCUCCAACUCGGCAGUACCACCUGUUCCAUCAACCACAAAAGCUUGCAAAUAUUCGGCAAAGGCUCUUAAAGAUUCAGCAAAGGCUCUUGAAGAUUCAGCAAAGGCUCCUAAAGAUGAUGUCAAGGAGUUCAUAAUUCGUGUGCCAAAGGUGCGCAACAACCGCCAUAUAAUGCGCUUCAAUGACAAUUUGAAGGUAGAUUUCACUCAAUGGCAAAGUGCGAAGAUGUCUCGGGAGAAUAACAAGCAUCUAUUAAUGGCCGAGGAAGAGAAAAAUUUGGGGGCGAAAUUUGGGGGCGGCACAGAGUACAAUUGGCGUCAGUACGGGGGUGCACGCCGCAAGAAGAAAGCCAGCGUGGUCGAAAAGUAUAGACCGGAGGCACAGCCCUGGUUGUUGCAAGUCGAUGGGAAAAUGGGAAAAAAGUUCAAGGGCAUUCGUACUGGGGAAGUGGGUGCGAAUGCCGCAUACUAUGUGUUCACCAAUGCCCCAGAUGGUAGGUUCAAUGCGUACCCCGUCCAUGAGUGGUACACGUUCCAGGCCAUUGAGCGCUACAAAACCCUCACUUCGGAAGAGGUGGAGCUGGAGUUCGGACGUCGCGAGAAAUCGCUUAACUUCUUCAACCUGAUGAUGCGCCGUCGGUACCAGACCGACGAGGAGGAACCGGAUGCCGAUUCGGCUAAACUCCUUAAGGCAACCGAUGAGGGAAUCAGCGGUCUGAAGAUCUCUGAUGAGGUCGAGUGGAUGGUCUCGGGUGAAUCCGAAUCGGACGAUGAAAGCGAAGAAGUGAAGCAAAAAGAGAAGGAAAAAGAAAACGGCAUCAUCGAUGCUACUGAUGGCAAAAAGGCCAAACCUAAGGGCAAAAAAGAGGUUAAUAUGAAGACGUUUUUCGAGGCUUUCGAAGACUCUGACGAUGGUGACGUAGACAGUCGUGAAAGGGACUACAUUUCCAGUUCCAGUGAAGAUGAACACGAUCAAGAAGCCAAGGUGAUCAAGGACUUGAAGGGAGUAUCUGAAGAGGAAGCUCUACGAAAGCUGCUCAACUCAGACGAAGAAGAUGAUGAUGAAAACUCGGAUAACCAGAAAGACGAGAGCCAGGAGGAGAAUCCUGAAGGCGGCGCAUUUAGCAAUCACAUGGUGGAGACGCCAUCAAAUUUAAGCAGUGAAGAAUCAUCCAUAGAAUCCAGUUCCGACAGUUCAGACUCCGAAAAGGAUCUCAGCAAUGGGCCACCUAGAAAGAGGGUCACCUUCAAUAAGAAGGAGAAGCGAAUGUAUAACGCGGCCAAAAAGUCUUCCAGCAAAGACUCCACCAAGCGCAUAGGCAGUACUCCGCAAAGUACUCGUAAUCCUACAAUUUCGAACAACGCGAGGGCUCCCAGGAAGAAUAUCAGCGCCCCACUGCAACCGUCUAUCUCUUUGCGUAAAAUUAACCAAUAUGGCGUCAACGAGGAGGCAGUUAUGCGCUACCUUAAGCGGAAGCCAUUGACACCCACCGAACUGCUCUCCAAGUUCCGAAACAAAGCCACAACCGACUCAAAAAUCCGUCUGGUUGAGACCAUGACGAAAAUACUGAAGAAAAUCGAUCCCGUGAAGAUUACCAUUCAGGGAAAACUUUAUUUCUCGAUGAAAUAGAAA